CAACUGUUGUAAGAAGAAAAAGAAACAAGCUAGCUAAGAAGAAGAUCGAAAUGGCAUCAGAGCAGGAAAGACGAGAGCUUGACGGAAGGGCAAAGCAGGGAGAGACGGUUAUACCUGGUGGAACAGGUGGCAAGAGCCUGGAAGCUCAGGAACACCUUGCUGAGGGGCAUAAGCGUGGAGGGGAGAGGAGGAGAGAGCAACUUGGAACUGAAGGAUAUCAGGAGCUGGGACACCGUGGAGGGGAGACAAGGAGGGAGCAAAUUGGGACUGAAGGGUACAAGGAAAUGGGGCGCAAAGGUGGGCUCAGCACCAUGAACAAGUCUGGAGGAGAACGUGCGGCUGAGGAAGGAAUCCAGAUUGACGAGUCCAAGUACAGGACUCAUAGUUAAUCAGAUAUAACAUCCCUGUUUUAAUGGCCAAACCAAAAUAAUAAAUUGCAGGAAGUGUAGUGUUGUGUAAGUUUGCAGCUUUUCUAGGUUUUGUGGAGGGGGAAGGGAGCAUUCUCUCUCUCUCUCUCUCUCUCUCUCUCUCUCUCUCUAUAUAUAUAUAUAUAUAUAUAUAUGUAUGUAUGUAUGUAUGUAUGGUGUCUGUCUGUGUAGUACUAGUAGGGUCUUGGCCUUGUUUUGUGAUGGUGCCAAAUGCC